AUGUCGCAGCCACCCUUCCUCCCCUGGGGCCUGCCCUACCAGCACAGGGAGGCCGCGUCGCGCCGAGACUCGUACGAGCACGUGCACCCGCACGCACACGCACACGCACACGCACACCCACACGCGCCGCUGUACACGCACACGCAAUGCAAGGGCGAAGUUGAGGAGACGAGGACGGAUUACCGAGAUCAUUACCUACACAGGUGCGGCUUCGCGAAGUGCUCCGGGGAGGCGGAGGCGGGCGAGGCGCGCGCGGAGCCCGUGACCAGCAGCGCGGAGCCCUGGGGCGACCGGCUGGUCAGCAGCAGCCACGGCGGGCCGGCGUCCCCGCGCGCCACGUCGCCGUCGCACCACGUCACCACCACGCAAGCAGGCGCGGGCGCGCGGCGCGGCGCGCUGCAGCUGUGGCAGUUCCUGGUGGCGCUGCUGGCCGAGGGCGCGCGCUGCGUGGCGUGGACGGGCCGCGGCCUCGAGUUCAAGCUGCACGAGCCAGAGGAGGUGGCGCGCCGCUGGGGGGCGCAGAAGAACCGGCCCGCCAUGAACUACGACAAGCUCUCGCGGUCGCUGCGCUACUACUACGAGAAGGGGAUCAUGCAGAAGGUCGCAGGCGAGCGGUACGUGUACAAGUUUGUGUGCGACCCGGAGGCCCUGUUCAGCAUGAGUCGCGUGGCGCCCGCGCCCUAUGACGUCAUCACGCAGCUGUACGCGGCGCCCUACGCCUCGAACGCCCCCCCGCCCGCGCCCGCACCCGACUACCGCCGCUACUACCCGCACUCGCACUACGACGCCUGA